GCUUGAAGUGCCGGCUCUGUAGCGGCGGCGGCAACAUGGCGGACGUGCUGAGCGUCGGGGUAAACCUGGAGGCCUUUGCCCAGGCUAUCAGUGCCAUUCAGGCGCUGCGAUCCAGCGUGAGCAGAGUGUUCGACUGCUUGAAGGAUGGUAUGCGGAACAAGGAGACGCUAGAGGGCCGAGAGAAGGCCUUCAUUGCGCACUUCCAGGACAACUUGCAUUCGGUCAACCGGGACCUUAAUGAGCUGGAGCGCCUGAGCAACUUGGUAGGCAAGCCGUCUGAGAACCACCCUCUGCACAACAGUGGGCUGUUAAGCCUGGACCCUGUACAGGACAAAACUCCUCUGUACAGUCAACUCCUGCAGGCGUAUAAAUGGUCCAACAAGUUGCAGUACCACGCAGGCCUGGCGUCCGGCCUUUUGAAUCAGCAGUCGCUGAAGCGCUCUGCCAAUCAGAUGGGCGUGUCGGCCAAGCGGAGACCGAAGGCUCAGCCCACCACCCUGGUCCUGCCGCCUCAAUAUGUUGACGACGUGAUCAGCCGCAUCGACAGGAUGUUCCCUGAAAUGUCCAUCCACCUAUCCAGACCCAAUGGGACGUCAGCGAUGCUUCUGGUGACCCUGGGGAAGGUGCUCAAAGUGAUUGUCGUCAUGCGGAGCCUGUUCAUCGACCGGACCAUAGUGAAGGGCUACAGUGAGAGCGUCCACACAGAGGACGGAAAGCUUGACAUAUGGUCCAAAUCCAACUAUCAAGUAUUUCAAAAGGUGACAGACCACGCCACCACUGCCCUGCUGCACUACCAGCUGCCCCAGAUGCCGGACGUCGUGGUCAGAUCCUUCAUGACCUGGUUAAGGAGCUACAUAAAGCUGUUCCAGGCCCCCUGCCAGCGCUGCGGGAAGUUCCUGCAGGAUGGCCUUCCCCCGACCUGGAGGGACUUCCGCACCCUCGAAGCCUUCCACGACACUUGUCGCCAGUGACCCGUCGCCCAGUGACGCCCCCGCUGUGUCCCCUCCAGGUGGGGGGAUGCCCGUCAGCAGCACGUGGGCUCUUCCUGUGAGCCAGGACACCGGGCCUGUCCUCUGCGUCCCUGUUGAGGUCAUCUUCACGCUGUCACCGUCCUGCGGUCUGUGUUCGGGUGUACUGUGCUGCUGGGCUGUUUCGUUUUGGUUUUGUGACUUUCAUUUGUAAACAUAAACCUUUUGUACCCA